AUGGCUGCCACCGACUCCGUCCCCAAGGCCAUGGAGGGCCUGAGCAUCUCUCAGCCCAAGACCAAGGAGCUGAAAGGAACCGAGAAGCGCGACUCCCUCAUCGCCGUCGAGAAGAAAUACCAGCAGCAAUGGGCCACGGAGCACAUCUUCGAGCAGGACGCCCCGUCGAUCGAGGAGGUGCCCCUGCACUCCAUACCCGCCGCCGAGCUGCGCGCGAAGCAGCCCAAGUUCUUCGGAUGCAUGCCGUACCCCUACAUGAACGGCGUCCUGCAUGCCGGCCACACCUUCUCGGCCAGCAAGGUCGAGUUCGCCGCCGGCGUCGCCAGGAUGCAGGGCAAGCGGGCCCUGUUCCCCAUGGCCUUCCACUGCACCGGCAUGCCCAUCAAGGCCUGCGCCGACAAGCUGGUCAACGAGAUUAAGCUGUUCGGCCAGGACUUUACCGGGUACAGGGAGGAGGACGAGGCCGCGGACGGCGCCGCUGUCCCCGCAGGCAAGGCCAAGAAGGAGGACCUGACCAAGUUCACCACCAACAAGAGCAAGGCCAACGCCAAGACGGCCAAGCUCAAGUACCAGUUCCAGAUCAUGAAAUCCAUCGGCAUCCCCCAGGAGGAGAUUCACCUGUUCGCCGACCCGCAAUACUGGCUGGAGUUCUUCCCGCCCCUGGCCAUCCGCGACCUGAGCAACCUGGGCUGCAGAAUCGACUGGCGCCGAUCUUUUGUCACCACCGACGCGAACCCGUACUACGACGCCUUUGUGCGAUGGCAGAUGAACCGCCUCAAGGAGCUGAACAAGAUCAAGUUCGGCAAGCGCUACACCAUUUACUCCAUCAAGGACGGCCAGCCUUGCAUGGACCACGACCGCGCCGAGGGCGAGGCCGUCAACCCGCAAGAAUACACUGCUCUGAAGCUCAAGGUCCUGGAGUGGGCACCCAAGGCCGCCGAGGCCAUCAAGGGCAAGGUGCCGGAAGGCUCUGAGAUCUUCCUCGUGCCCGCGACCCUGAGACCUGAGACGAUGUACGGACAGACCUGCUGCUUCGUGGGUCCCAAGAUUACCUACGGUGUUUUCAAGGCUGGCGAGAAGAAGUACUACGUCGUGACGGACCGUGCCGCGCGGAACAUGGCCUACCAGGGAAUCCUUGCUCAGGAGGGCGUCAUCGAGAAGGCCGGCGAGAUCCCUGGUGCCGACAUUGUCGGUACCCUGGUCAACGCACCCCUCUCGCUGCACACUGAGGGCGUCCGCGUCCUGCCCAUGGACAACGUCCUGCCCACCAAGGGCACCGGCGUGGUCACGUCGGUCCCGUCCGACAGCCCCGACGACUUUGCCACCGUUUCCGAGCUGGCCAAGAAGGCCGACUUCUACGGCAUCAAGAAGGAGUGGGCCGAGCUGGAGAUCUUCCCCAUUAUCCAGACCCCUUCGUAUGGCGACCUCUGCGCGCCAUUCCUGGUCAAGAAGCUCAAGAUCGCGUCGCCCAAGGACACCAAGCAGCUGGAAGAGGCCAAGGAGUUGGCCUACAAGGAGGGUUUCUACCAGGGUAUCAUGGCCGUUGGCGAGUUCAAGGGCGAAAAGGUCGAGACCGCUAAGCCCAAGGUCAGAAGCCAGAUGAUCGAUGCCGGCGACGCCUUCGCCUACUCUGAGCCGGAGCGUAAGGUCGUCAGCAGAUCCGGAGACGACUGCAUCGUGGCCUUGAUGGACCAGUGGUACCUGGACUACGGUGAGGAGUCGUGGAAGAAGACCGCCCUGGAGUGGGUUGAGAACGUCAACGGCAAGGGCCUGGAGACCUGGACCCAGGAGACCAAGCACAGCUUCGAGGGCGUCCUGAACUGGCUGAACCAGUGGGCUUGCGCCAGAACUUACGGCCUGGGCUCGAAGCUGCCAUGGGACCCUCAGUUCUUGGUCGAGAGUCUGAGCGACUCGACCAUCUACAUGGCGUACUACACCAUCGCACACUAUCUGCAGAAGGAUCUGUUUGGCCGCGAGAAGGGCAUCGGCAACAUUGCGCCCGAGCAGAUGCUUGACGAGGUGUGGGACUACAUCUUUUGCCGGCGGGAGCUGAGCGAGGACGUCCUGAAGGACUCCAAGAUCCCGCAGAAGACCCUGGAGAGCAUGCGGCGCGAGUUUGAGUACUUUUACCCCCUGGACGUGCGAAGCUCGGGCAAGGACCUGAUUCCCAACCACUUGACCUUCUUCCUGUACGUCCACCUGGCCAUCUUCCCGCCGGAGUACUGGCCUCGCGGUGUCCGUGCGAACGGCCACUUGAUGUUGAACGGCGAGAAGAUGAGCAAGAGCACGGGCAACUUUAUGACCCUGCGGGAGCUGGUCACCAAGUAUGGCGCCGACGCCGCUCGUAUCGCCAUCGCCGACGCUGGCGACGGCGUCAGCGACGCCAACUUUGAGGAGGAUGUCGCGGACAACAACAUUCUGCGCCUGUUCAACCUGCGCGAGUGGUGCGAAGAGAUGGUCCGGGAGCAGGACGACCUGCGGACCGGCGAGCCCAACUCGUUCCAGGACGCGCUGUUCAACAACGAGAUGAACAGCGUCACCGCCGAGGCCGUUGAGCAGUAUCGCCAGACCAACUACAAGCUGGCGCUGAAGGCCGCCCUCUACGAGCUGACGAGCGCACGCGACUUCUACCGCGAGGCCUGCUCGGCCGGCGGCAUCAAGAUGCACAAGGACCUGGUGUUCCGCUACAUUGAACUGCAGGCCCUGCUGAUGGCCGUCAUCGCGCCGCACUGGUCGGAGCACAUCUGGCGCGAGGUCCUCAAGAAGGACGGGUCCAUCCAGAACGCCCGUUUCCCUGAUGUGCGCCCCGUCGACGCGGCGCUGUCGGCCAAGAGAGACUACGUGCGCAACACGGCAUCCAACGUCAACUCGGCCGAGGGCCUGCAGCUCAAGAAGAAGGCCAAGGGCAAGGAGGUGUCGUUCGACCCGAAGCAGCCCAAGAAGCUGACCAUCUACAUGUCGGCCCGGUUCCCGUCGUGGCAGGCCAAGUACAUUGACCUGCUGAAGGAGAUGUGGGACCCGACGGCCAAGUCGGUCAACGACAAGGAGCUGAACGGGCGGAUCGCCAAGAUGGGCGAGAUGAAGAAGGCGAUGCCGUUCGUGCAGGGCCUGAAGAAGCGCCUGCAGAACGGCGAGCCGGCAAGCGCCGUCCUGGAGCAGAAGCUGGCGUUUGACGAGAAGGAGACGCUGGCGCAGAUGGUGCCCGGGCUGUCAAAGACGGCCGGGCUGGUGGCGUGCGAGGUGCUGGUGGUGGAGGAGGGCGGCAAGAAGGGCGUCAACAUGGCGGACGGCAAAGAGGUGGACAUUACGGUACCGAUCGCGGAGAACUCAGUGCCCGGAGUGCCCACGUUUUUCUUUGAGAACGUGCAAGCUUGA